AUGUCAGGAACUCACCAGACGCACCCCUCACCUCAACGGACCCUGUCCCUGCUCCAGGCUGGCACGUCUCGCGCGGGACAGGCGUUCGCGGCCAAGCACGCCGAGGCAGUGUUCAUGGGUGCCUUCACCCCUUCACAAUUGAAGCCAAAGGUUGCCUCAAUCCGGGCCUCCGCCGCCGAGGAAGGGCGGGAUCCCCGCUCGAUCAAGAUCUUUGUGGGCAUCACGCUGCACGUCGGUCGCACUCCCGAAGAAGCCCAGGCGAAAUACGAGACGGCGCUCAAGCACGCCGACUACGUUGCGGGCCUAGCGCAGUGCUCGGGUCACACGGGCAUCGAUAUGUCCAAGUUCCCUCUGGACGAGGUCUUCAAGCUGGAGGGCGCGGCAUCCGCAGGGAGUGGUGGCUGGACACCCCGUAAAUUAGGCCUCAAGAUCUCGACGGGAGGCAUGCACCCGGCUCCAGUGGGCAGCGUGGAACAGAUCGCCGACUACCUGGAGGAAUGGGUCGAGUCGGCUGACAUUGGCGGAUUCAACAUUUCGGCCGUGCACAACCCGGGCACGUAUGAGGAUGUGGUCGACCUGCUGGUGCCAGAACUACAGAAGAGAGGUCUGAUGUGGGACGACUACGCCGUUCCGGGCGGCACCUUCAGGGAAAACCUAUACGGCAAAGGCCAGAGCCAUUUGAGAGACGACCAUUAUGGUCACACGUUCAAGUGGAAGGAUUAG